ACAUAAUGUUUUUUUUUACAGUUACAAAACGUAAAAGCAUUUCACAGUAAAUGUAUAUUAAUUUAUGUUCCUUAAGCAUCUCUACGAGAAAAUCGAUGACAACCUGUUUCACCUACUAAUAUUAGGAAACUUACACUACAUGCGGAUAUUGUAUCACCAGACAAUUCGAUUUAUUUAAUGCAGUGUAAAGUACCAUAUGUAAACGUAGUAGUCAAAUCGAUAAUAUUGUGUCAAGAAAUUCAUAGUUCUGUAUUUUCAACUUUUCGGUUAUCUUUCAUAUCGGUCAAUGUCUGAUCAUCUUAAAGGAUGUGUCUUAAAUCUUUUUUAAUCAUUUCUUGAAAGGUUGCGCUCAUUCAUAAUUACUUAUUUACUGUAAUUUACAUAGUGAUAACGACUGUGUUUGAAUAAUUUUUGAUUCGUAUGUAGUAACAAAAAAGCAAACAACAAAACCACUAGGUCUCAAUAAAUUAAAAUUUUUUUUUUCAAUUUACCAAUUCAAAAAAAAAUAUAUUUUUCUUCACGUGUUAUGAUAUAUUUGUAUACGAGAAAAAACAGUUCUUAAACUACUAUAUAGCUUUUUGAGACAUUUUAUAAUUUUGUUUUAAUUUCGCUUUUGUUAAUUAACGUUGACUAUAUAAAAAUUGAGUAAUUACUCUAUACAUUAAAAAAAUCUUUAUGCACUCAAGUUGUAGAUACAUUUACUUUAUUUAACGUCUGAAGCAAGAAUAUUAGUCGUUAUAGAAUAUUAAGUCCGCUACAAUUAAUUAUUUUUUAUUCUUUUACCGAGUUUUCACGCUAAAACAUUAUACAUUAUUUUCGAUAUUUAAGAAAAAGAGGUAUAAGAAUUUACAUCAUGUUUUUGAAAAUAAUAGUAGAGAUGUUCAUUAUUCGCAGAUAUAAGAUGAUGUGUUUAAUUUUGUCAAUCCUUUAAAAAACUUUUUUAUCAACAAGAAUUUGUGUAUGAAUUUCUUUUUUACUAUACCUUCAGUAGCUUAUCUAAAUUCCACCUAACUUUUUUUCUAACAUAGUAAUUUUAUAGUUAUUUGAUCACUUGGAAAAAUUAUUUAUACUUUAUUUAAUAGAUAAUUAAUAGUUAUCAUCGUUCGACAAGCCGCUUAUUUCAUUUAGAUUUUUAUAUGUAACCGACUCCAUCAUCAUAAAAGGCAUUUUUAUUUUUGUUUCAUUUCUCGUUUUAUUUUUCCCUGAUCAUUUUUUUCUUCCUAUACCACAAUGUUUUAUUUGUAAUAAAAACCCCUUUAAUUAAUUUAGUAAAGUAGAACAUUUGUAAAUUUUGUUUCCAUGUGUACACAAAAAUUCCUCUCGUGUACACCAUCGCUCAAUUUUCCGACAGACUUAGACUUUAAUUACACUAAAAGCGCAUCUAAAGUAAAUCUCGAUCAAAACCACGACAUCUUCACGUUAAAGAAUGAAGCAAGCGCAAGCCAUUGUAAUUUUAUUCAUUAUCCUACGAAUUUCUCUUCAAUGUCCCGGCUCUAUAUGCUUCCUUCAACAAAUGGGAAAACCCAUUAUGUUUCCAUCUCUUUUGACUCUUCUCAAAACCAUGAGAAAUCAUCUAAUGCGGUUAUUAUGUUACAUUGUUUUAAUAUUUUUGAUCUUGUCAAUUCCAUAUUUGAUGUUCCCUUAACAGGGGCCUAUAUAGUUACAGGCAUUUGUAGUGGAGAAGGUCCUUGUUUGUAUUUAUCUACAUUUACUGGAGUUUUCGAAUUUCAAUGCUCCGCCGCUCAACAAGGAGAAAAAACUUUAGAAAAUGAUUAUUUUUUGUGGCUAUCGCGUAUGGUAGUUUUGAAAGUUAAAAUGGUUUCAAUUAGUAGUCUUUUUUCUAUAUCAAAAAUUCAUUAUAAUUCGGGUGGAGGAUGUUUUACCAAGAUUUUUGAAGCCAAACAUUGUUACACAUCGCAACCUUUAGUUCUUAAAGCUAUUCCUAAAAAAAAUUCUCAUGUAUCGUUAAAUCAUCACGAAUCCACAGGACCAAGCGAAAUUAACAUUUUAAGAAUUCUUGAUCAUUCUUACAUUGUCAAACUUCAAACAGCUUUUCAGGAUGAUGUUUUUUACUAUCUUGCUUUGGAAUAUUUACCUGGCUAUAAUCUCUAUAGAUGGCUUCAACGCUAUGGUUUCUUUUCUGAAAACCAAGCACGAGCUGUAAUGGUCCGUGUAUUUUCUGCUCUUGCUUAUCUUGAGUCACAAGGUAUCAUCCAUCGUGAUAUUAAGCUAGAAAAUCUUGUACUUCAUGAUCCAAAUGAUCCGAGUAGCGUCAAACUUAUUGAUUUCGGAUUAAGUACUUUUCUUAAUACGCCAAGAAGCAGGAUGCGAUGUGGGUCUCCGGGUUAUGUAGCACCAGAAAUUAUUUCAAAACAAACAUACGGGUCAUCCGCCGAUGUCUUCAGCGCAGGAGUUGUUUUGUACUGUCUUCUCACAGGAACCGCACCUUUCUAUUCCCAUGGUGACUCACCAUCAACAACUUUGUACAAAAAUCAAAAAUGUCAGAUAUACUAUGAUCCUGUGGUGUGGAAGAAUAUCUCAAUAAAUGCGCGUGAUCUUAUAUCAAAAUUAUUAGAAAAAAAUCCGCUUAAGCGCUAUAGUGCAUCUCAAGCUCUUAUGCAUACAUGGCUUUUAGGUAGUAUUAAAUGCUUAUCAUUCAAACGGGUCACAAGCAAAACUGAUUCUAAAUUACACGAAAGGAAUUCUGAGGGAUUGUUUUUUCAAAAACAAAGCCACGAAAAACCUCACGUAGAUACUUGUGAACCUAUGCGAUUCGUUUUCCGUUCGUCUAUUCCUACAAGCCGCCCUUCACGCUACACAUGUCUAAAGUUUGGACUACCAACAAACAAAAAACAAUACAUCCAAACGGAGUUUAAAAUGGAGACAAGUGUGACACGUAUUCCGUUACUACAAAGAGAUUGCCAACGUCGUUAUUCAUUUAAAUUUACUUGAUAUGUGCCAUGGCAAAUUGCUUAUUUAAAAAAACGAUUUUGUUGAAUGAUUUUUCAUAGAGGUUUUCUUUUUUUUAAAUCCUUUUUAUUUUCAUGAAAAUACAACAAAUUCCCGAUUCUGUUUUUUUCCAUUUCAAUGACGUCUUAGUCCAUUCUCUACUGACCCAUCUCCCUUGCCGCUUCCAGCAAGGAAUUUGAUUCGUGACUUGCUGCACGUGUUUCUAAUUCCUAUUUGAUCUUAACAUCCUUUGUUUACAGCGUGGUUUAAUUAAAUAAUCUACUGCAGUUACGCAUGUUAAAAAUUUUGUAAAGAAAUUUCUUACCCAUCUAUUCUCAAUGAUUCAAUAAAAUUCUCUUAAAUAGGAUUUGUCCUAGAUAUUUGUCUAGGAAAUUUUUUUUUUUUUAAUUUUUAUUAAAUGUGACUUAUUGAAAUAACGGAAACUAAACUUUAUUAUCAUACAAUGCAUCGUCUAAUCCCCGCGUGCA